UGACUAUACUAAAUGGUGGUGGGACGUUCGGUUUGAAUGAGCAGAGCCUGAUUAAAUGAAGAUAAAGCAUGCUGGGCAACAAAAACAGCACGAAAUCAGACAACAGCCAGCAGUGGUGAUUUGUGGUUAAACGCGAACAAAUCUAGUGCAAAGUGACAAAAGUUCGCAACGUAAACCUUAUUCCGACAAUCCAAGCUCAGUGACCGAAACGGGUGCAGGAAAGUAAAAUAUUAUCAGAGUGAAGUGUGUUGUAACUCGAGAGACAUCACAAACGAGAACAUCCGUGUCGGCAAGGGCAUCUCGUGGAAGCAGGAGUUGGAGGAAAUCAAGAUGCCAACAACGGGAUAAUCUUCAAAGGCGAGAACUGCGCUCUCAAGGAUUGCUGCUGGAGCUGCCCCUCGCAUCGUUUUCCCGCUUUUCUUGGGUCGCAUGAAAAUGUCUCAAUCCACCGUUCCUGCAGCAGGCUCAACCUUAAUUGACCAUUAAGAUGGACAGUCGGCCCGAUGAUAAAUGUACGCUCCAGAACAUUACGGUGACGCACCAUCCCGACGACAGCAAAAACAACAGCUUGGGGAUCGAUUUAAGCCAAGAGUCCCCUCGGCUGUUGUUGCCAACUAUCACAACGAAAAUAUCGCAGCUGUUGACAGCUUCUGUCUCCUCGUCGUCUUCGACUUCGACAUCUUCGCUGAACAGUUUAGGAACGAGUAUCGUAAACAUUAGUAGUCUUCUGCCGCACCCAUUCGGUAGAAUCGUGUCGGCUUCCAACUACAGUGGCGUCCCCGAAACGAUCGCGAGCAGUUCUGUGGAUGAUCCGGAUCGUAGUCCGGUAGUGGCGGCGACGGCGGCCGUAAUCGCGACCGCUGAUGGAGGAGUCGGCAGCAGAUUCGGCAUCGACUGUAGCGGUACAAACUUUGCGACCGCAUUCAGCACUGCAGGCCAGGGUUCUGAUCUUGGCCAGAAACUGGAAGUUCCGCUGGAAGCCGCAAUGGACCAUGCUGUUGGGGGAGGGGUUGGUGGCGGCAGUGGUGGGGGAGUGGAAAGCAGUGGCCAGCAGCUGUUGCUGGACAACUGGCAAGACUGUGUCGUUGUGAUAUUGUUCUGCUUACUGAUCAUCGUGACUGUGAUUGGCAAUACGCUAGUGAUCUUAUCGGUUAUUACCACCCGGCGGCUCCGGACAGUAACGAACUGUUUCGUGAUGAGCCUGGCGGUGGCCGACUGGUUGGUGGGGAUCUUCGUGAUGCCGCCGGCGGUGGCAGUUCAUUUAUUAGGAACUUGGCCGCUCGGAUGGAUAUUGUGUGAUAUAUGGAUCUCAUUAGAUGUUCUACUGUGUACGGCGUCAAUCCUCAGCUUAUGUGCAAUUAGUAUAGAUAGAUAUUUGGCGGUAACGCAGCCCUUAAACUAUUCCCGCCGGAGACGCUCGAAACGGCUGGCGCUGCUGAUGAUUCUGGUGGUUUGGGUUCUGGCGCUGGCCAUCACCUGUCCGCCGAUUCUUGGCUGGUACGAGCCCGGUCGCCGCGAACUGGACCAGUGCCGGUACAACCAGAACGAGGGCUACGUCGUCUUUUCGGCGAUGGGCUCAUUCUUCAUUCCGAUGGCGGUCAUGAUCUACGUGUACGUGCGGAUAUCCUGUGUGGUCGCGUCCCGCCACGACAAGAUGACCGAGAUCGAGGUGCACAAGAAAAGUCAUCACCGCACCGCACGUGACCCAGUGGAAGAAGACUGCUACCACUACGCAUCCGAGAUUGAUCCGGCCCAGCUGAGCCCGAAGCAAAAGCGGUCUUCGUCUCAGCUGUCGACCGCGACUACCACAUACGUCACCCAGCUGGGUCCUCCUGGAAGUGGAGGCGAUGGGGGUGGGGGGAGAUGUGUGUCGGCCAGCAUGAUGGCCCUCAGCGGGGACGAUUACCCCGUGAAUAAGCUGGCAAGCCAAGUCUGCGGAGGUGGCAACAAGAAGAACCACAAGAAUGGCCACUACGAGCUGGUGGACAUCAAUUCGAUGGGAGGAGGUGGGAGUGGCAAAACCACAACUUCAAUUGUGCGCAGCGGCUCCGGCGGCUGUGAGGGAGUCGGGAUGACCCUGGCUGAAUCGAUGUCCCAAGGGGGUCAAUCAACGGUAGUGGCUGCCGGCGGUGGCAAGCGUAACUCGACUAUCCACUACAAGCUGGCAUCCACCACGGAGCUUUGGUCGUCGGCCAAUAACGUUUUCAAUCAACAGCCCAAGCCACAAGUGGCAAAUCACCCGCCGGGGAUGGUGACGGCCACCGGGGGCCACGGUGCCGGACUCCGCCGGACCAACACUAUUAGUAACUCAAUUACGGCGUCGACCACGUCGUCGUCGGUGGCGGCCGGACGCAAUCUGCGCAUCCAUCAGCAAAAGUCCCUGUCGUCACGGAUUCUGUCGAUGAAGCGCGAGAACAAAACAACCCAAACUCUAAGCAUUGUCGUGGGCGGUUUCAUCGCGUGCUGGCUGCCCUUCUUCAUCCACUACAUCAUUACCCCCUUUCUGCCGAAGGAGCUGGCCGCGCCCAAGCUGGGGGAGUUUUUCACCUGGCUCGGCUGGAUCAACAGUGCCAUCAAUCCGUUCAUCUACGCGUUCUACAGUGUAGACUUCCGGGCCGCCUUUUGGAGGCUCACGUUGCGACGGUUCUUCCGAAAUAGCGAGAAGGCACCGUUCGCCAACAUACACAACAUGUCGAUGCGAAGAUAAACCCCACCUCCCGGUGUCAUCCGAAUGUCAUUCAAUUAUUUAUAGAAUAACACACCCACGCCCACGAGUACGCUGUAUAUAUUGUUUUCGUUUGUUGUUGUCAUUGUUGUUACACAUACAGUAGUAGAGAAAAAAAGUGAAUAAUAAAACCGCAUAGCGAUACAUAAUUUA